UAAGCUUCUUCGAUGUCACUAUCAGCCCGGUCUGGAAUGCGGUGAGCACGAGAUACAUACUAUCGCUCAUUUAGUCCUAUUAUUGUCAUUGUUACUAUCAUUCUUGCUCACCACUUGGCCGGGGACCGUCAUUGUUGUUCAUUUUCUCAAUCCCUGCGGAGUCACACCGACAAACUCACCGCAGUGCAUCAGCCUCAGCAUCGCAGGUCGAAAUCAUUACUAGGAUAUCGCUUGUCUUCCUUCUUUUCCUCCCUUAUAAUCACCCGCCUUCUCAAUGGGCGACGACCUUCCUGCGAAUCCUCCUCUUCCUACCAGUGCUCAUGGCAAAUCUCCCGGCGGCGGCAGCAGGAAAGCCGGGCGGCCCAAGCAUCUGAAGCGUCGGAGCAUACAUGCGAAUCCUAGUGCUGGCAGUACUACUACCAGAAACGCUGGUGACUCGCCGUCUCGGACACCGCAACAGACAAAUAACACAUACAUGAAAGAAAAGGAAAUGGCAGCCAGUUUUCUUCAAUACUGCGCCAUGUGCGAGAAACAGAUUAUGACUCCAUGCAAUUCCAUUCUAUACUGCAGCGAAGCAUGUCGACGCAAAGACUCGGCGAAACCACUAUCGGCAUCAACCAUCACGCCCUCGUCAUCUCCAGGCAUGGCUUCAGCUUCAAUUCCUAUCAUACGCUCCAUCUCCAGCAGCGGCGCAUCAUCGCCUCCUCCAGCUUAUUACCAUCAGUACGACUCCCACACUCCUUCUCUCAGAAUACCCGUCGACCAGCACGAUGCCAAAUCCGAUCUUGACCCAACGGAAUGGAAGCCCAAAUUACAACGUCCUUCCCAUACUCGACAGAGCGAGGCGUUUCGCUAUCUGUCCCGGUUCCACCAGACUAUGUUGAACAACGACAACAUUAACAAUGCUUGGACCUCAACAUCGGUGCCUGAUGCCGCCCUACGACCGUCAGCAGCGCCGCGGCACAAAAGUACCAUGAGUUUGAGCGCCAGCACCAUCACCACCGGCACGACGCCCAGUCUGGGCAAUACACCCACGACCACUAGUGCCAGUACAAGCUUCGACAGUGUCUAUAAUUACGAUUACGACUUCAAGAUGCGCCCGCUUCCACCGCGUCAGAAUCCAAUGACCUCGACUAGCCCCGGCACAUAUCGUGGUAUCGGUAUCGAUUUGGUCACGCCUCAUAUUGCUCCUCCGGCUCCUCCGAUGAAGAUGCAUGUCGGGAUGAAUGAUGCUGAUGCCCGUCUCAAUGUGGAAGGGGCUAAGACUAGCACGCCAAAUUCAAACUCUUCUGGACUGCGGGCGCUGUUUGCAAAAGAAGGAUAUUAGACUUGGGCUCGACUUGACGCCCACCGGCUGGCUGCCCUGCUUGACUCGCAGACGCAUAGAGAGAAACACAGCAGAAAAGAGGCCAUGAGGGAGAGGCUGUGCGAGUGUGUGAGAGAGGAUGAGGCUCAGAGAGCCUAGGUACGGUACCUACCUACCAAGCAAGGUAGGUACAGUAUCAGUAUCCACCUAUUUUUGCUUGAAACUUAAUCAGAUUGUGCUCUUUUCCUUGUCAGCCUGUCUCAUGACCCGUCUACCUUACUUGCGAUCGGCAUCAUGCGCAGGGGUUUUCACCCUUCUUCACUGUGACAAAGAUGAUGCGUAAAAAGCACUUGAACUGUUCCACAAUCCAGCCGAGUACCUAGCUACUAGUAGCUAACUUACAAAAAGGGCCCGAGCCGGAGCCCUUUUCUUUUCACUUUUUGUCGAAGGGCAAAUACAGGAGGGCCCAAUUUCAGCUUCAGCCUCCCACCAUGCUUCCCCUUGAAAGGCAUUCCAUUCCAUACCAUUCCCUUCCCUUUUUUUGUUCAUCAAGGUCAUCUUUACAACAUUGCAGUCAC